UUCCGUCGCCGGACGCCCGCCUCCACGCCUGUCCGUGGGGAAGCCAGCGCAGUCGUCCGCUCGAUCCUACGCCGAGCCGAGAACAUGAACGAUUGGAUGCCCAUCGCCAAGGAGUAUGACCCACUCAAAGCAGGCAGUAUUGAUGGCACCGACGAAGACCCACACGAUCGUGCCGUCUGGAGGGCAAUGCUGGCACGCUAUGUCCCCAACAAAGGCGUCACAGGAGACCCCCUCCUCACCCUGUUUGUGGCAAGACUAAAUUUGCAGACCAAGGAGGACAAAUUAAAGGAAGUCUUUUCCCGCUAUGGUGACAUCCGGCGACUUCGGCUGGUGAGGGACUUGGUCACGGGCUUUUCAAAGGGCUACGCCUUCAUAGAAUACAAAGAGGAGCGGGCUGUGAUCAAAGCUUACCGAGAUGCAGAUGGCCUGGUCAUUGACCAGCAUGAGAUAUUUGUGGACUACGAGCUGGAAAGAACUCUCAAAGGGUGGAUCCCUCGGCGACUUGGAGGUGGUCUCGGGGGGAAAAAGGAAUCUGGACAACUGAGAUUUGGGGGACGGGAUCGGCCUUUUCGAAAACCUAUUAACUUGCCGGUUGUCAAGAGUGACUUUUAUAGAGAGGGGAAAAGGGAACGGAGGGAGCGAUCUCGAUCCCGAGAAAGGCACUGGGACUCGAGGACAAGGGACCGAGACCAUGACAGGGGCCGGGAGAAGAGAUGGCAAGAAAGGGAGCCGGCCAGGGCGUGGCCCGAAAAUGACUGGGAAAGAGACAGGGACUUCAGAGAUGAUAGGGCCAAGGGGAGGGAGAAGAGGGACAGGAGCAAGUAGAGGCCCAGCAGCAACCCCGCGGUGACGACGAUCCAGCGCAUGUAAAAGCAGAGGGUAAUGUCUCUAUGCAGUGUUAAGUCUGAUGGUUGAAUAAAACUUAAUGGUUAUAA